AUGUGCACAACUGGUGUGUUCGCCAGCGGCCCCUAUUGUUUAAGUGUCGUCAUAACGACUUACCGAAUAAAAACACCGUGUGAAACCUCACGGACUCUGAACCUCAGUGAGCCAGAUGGUGGGCCCCUCAGUGAGCCAGAUGGUGGGCCCCUCAGUGAGCCAGAUGGUGGGCCCCACAGUGAGCCAGAUGGUGGGCCCCUCAGUGAGCCAGAUGGUGGGCUCCACAGUGAGCCAGAUGGUGGGCCCCUCAGUGAGCCAGAUGGUGGGCUCCACAGUGAGCCAAAUGGCGGGCCCCACAUUGAGCCAAAUGGUGGGCCCCACAUUGAGCCAGAUGGUGGGCCCCUCAGUGAGCCAGAUGGUGGGCCACACAUUGAGCCAGAUGGUGGGCCACACAUUGAGCCAGAUGGUGGGCCCCACAGAGAGCCAGAUGGUGGGCCCCACAGUGAGCCAGAUGGUGGGCCCCUCAGUGAGCCAGAUGGUGGGCCCCUCAGUGAGCCAGAUGGUGGGCCCCUCAGUGAGCCAGAUGGUGGGCCCCUCAGUGAGCCAGAUGGUGGGCCCCUCAGUGAGCCAGAUGGUGGGCCCCUCAGUGAGCCAGAUGGUGGGCCCCUUUUAGCCAGAUGGUGGGCCCCUCAGUGA